ACAAAAAAAAAACUAAAAUGUGGUCCCGCAGGAAGCGCAACCCCAAGCAUCAAAUCGAUUCAGAAACAUUGACCGAAGGGCCUCGCAAAAUUCGCUUCAAUCUGUUCCACCGGCCGAAGGCCAUCAUUGGGCAGACUAAACCCGUUGUUGAUGGUGGAAAAGGGCAACGUCCCUUCUCGAAAAACCAACCGAAGGUGAAUCUGUUUCCGCAAGUUUCGUUGACCGAUUUGGGUGGCGAGGACUUGAACAAUGUGCUGGAAUACAUGUACUCAUCGGAUUGGAAGGAAGCUUCCGCGUACUGUGCCCAUGCCAGUUACAUAAAUCUAGGAGAUUGUGGUCGAACUGCGGCGGUCAGUCGAGAUGACAUCACCAAGCAAUUUCCAGAUCGAUUCAGAAAGCAAUCGCACAAAGCCCGUCACUUGGAUCUACCCCGUUCGGAGGUCGAUUUAGUCAAGUGGUACAAAUCUUUCGUGUAACAGUGCAAUAUAAACGUUUAUUUCGACUUCUUCCUAACAA